CGGAGCCAGGCAGAGGCGGCUCCCCGACGGAGCUUUGCGCUCACCUGGAGAGCGUCCCCUCUAGCGGCCACAGGAAGGAAGUUGGAAUAAAACCUCGCUCCUCUGCCUGUCUGCAGAGCGCUGGUGACUGCUCACUCCACCUGCCCGACAGAUGGGCAGCCUGCCAGGUGUCCUCCCUCCUUAUCCUCAGAGUCACCUCCUGGGCUUUGCUCCUGCUCUUCGCUCACGCCAUGCUCUCACCAGGUGCUUAGAAGAACAUGUAGUUGAGAUUUUCAUCAAACAAAUGGAAUAUAGCACAGAACUUUGCUGAAAUGGACAACUCCACGCAAAAAGACCAACACUCUGGCAAAAAGUAUUCUAGAAAGGCCAAGAGAGUACAGAAAGGUUUUACUGCUGCAUAUCCAACACAAUCCUCCAUUCCUUAUAAAUAUCAGCCUUCGGUCAUUCCAGAAUCAGAAAAAAAAGGAUUUAAUAGUCAAGCCAAGAGAUUUUACCACAAAAAGGAUGACAUCCCCGGCCCUGGGUUCUACGACGUCAUUCACCAGUCCCCUGUGUUCGACAGUGUGUCCUUGUCUAAGAAAGGGACGGGCACGUUUCCCUCUAUGCGGGCCCGGUUGGAUACCAUCAUUUCUAAACACCCUGCAGCUAAUGCAUACACAAUCCCAUCACAUUUUGUUUCGAAGAAAGACUUCAGUAAUUCCUGUUCCAGCAUGUUCCAGCUGCCAAGCUUCAGGAAAGUUCUCAAACUUGAAACUCCCGCACCAAACCAUUACAAUGAAGCUUUUUUCAGACCUGGAGAACAAUGGUGGAGUCAGCUGGCAAGGAGCAGAAAUGCGACCUCUGUCUCUUGCUGCAAGCAGACAAACAACGUCUGUGCCCGAGCCGGGUUCAUGUCCAAAACCCAGAGAGGACUUUUCAUGAUUACGGAAGCAGGACCUGCCCCAGGGCAUUAUAACGUCAACGAAUCCCUUGUGAAGCAGUCGCCAAAGAUAUUGAUGUCUUGUUUUAAAUCAAAAACGGGGCGUGGAUUAAAACUCACAUCGACAGGCCCAGGACCCGGUUAUUACAACCCGAAUGAUCACACCAAAGUUCCAAAAAAGACUCUUAUCCCGAGAAACCCCAUCCUGAACUUCUCUGCCCAGCCUUUGCCUCUGCCCCCCAAGCCGCCUCUUCCAGGCCCCGGCCAGUACGAGAUCGUGGACUACACAGGGCCCCCCAAGCACUUCAUCUCUAGUGCGUCCUUUGUGUCCAACACCAGCCGGUGGACAGCGGCGCCAGCCCAGCCAGGCCUGCCCGGCCCAGCCACAUACAAGCCGGAAUUGCCUGGAAAACAGUCUUUUCUCUACAAUGAGGACAACAAGUGGAUCCCAGUGUUGUAGUCACCUUGCCUGAGCUCGAGAAGCGCCCUGGCCACUGGCUGUCCAUCCGGGUGUCCCAGGAUGUUCAUUCAGAGAGCACCAACUUCGUGUGUGACAGCUGAUGACUUCGGGACAGCUCUGCCGCCCCAGCCUGGUGUUAGAACUGGGCUGCUGCAUUUGUCCUUGUCUUGAGCUGCCCCCUGGACAGAGCCUCCCUCGGUCACUUUGCCAUGCAGCCGCCAUCUGGGCCAGCUUCUGCACAGAUCCCCUCAGAUUUCAGGUGUCCCUGAAGCUCCAACUCCAGGAGAAGAAGGCUGGUGGCAGAUGCCCCAUCUAGAAGCCUGAUGCUGAGCCAGGGCCCUGGAGCCACAGGAUAGAUGACACGGGGCCUCAGCCCCAGCUCUCUUCCCAUCCUCUAGCCUUGACUUCUGGACUCCUCCCAGAAUUCCAGGAGCUGGAAAGGCCAGAGGCACUGUGACAGGAACAUGAAAAGCAUGGCAGCGAGUCAUUGUCAUCACAUGGUUGCCCACCCGCAGGAGAGGCCGCCACAUCGUUUACUGGCCUGUGCUUGAUGGACAGCCACAGGCGGGACCUGCUGGGGCCAGAGCCCUGGGCGCGGUGGUGUGAGGGGCACCUGCCAAUUUUUCCACCUGGACUUUUGCCUCCCCUGGCCCGGUCCCAUCCCCUCCCACCUCCCGCUCAAAUUCAAUAUGACCUUAAUGGAUCCUUUCUGCCUGCCAAGUCAUUUCUCCUCAGCAAGAGGAAGAUUCUCAAAGAACCAAGAGGAACUAGAGUUAACCACUCAUCCCCUCCUUCCCCAACCAUUGACGCAUCUUUCGCUCAUGAGCCAAGGUGGCUGAUGCUCUCCCCCCGCUGCAUCUGCCUGGGGCCCCGCUGCCCCUUGGCUCUCUCCUUGACCUUCCUCCAGGAAUGGUAGUCCAGACCUGGCUGCUGACAGGCUCUCCCUUUGGGGAGGGGUGGGCGAGGAAGAGGGAGGAGAGGAGGGAAUGAUGUGUCUCAUUAAACUGAGUUCUCAUUUCUCUCAAAAGCUGGCCUCCUUGUGAGCCUCGCAUUCCAAAUGCCACUCUACUCUGGGGUGCCUGGGAGGUGGCCUGGAGCUCAGCACCAAGAGCUUCCGAGGUCUGGACCUGAAGGCAGACACCCUGUGCUGCCGUCAGCUCAGGUCCUUAGCUCCUCCUGGAGGUGAGGAGUUGGAUCAGAAUUUGGGGGCUCAAGGCCAAGCACUUCCAGGGCUGAGUGGGCAAGACAAGGAGCAGAACAGAUGAGGCAGCAGGGGUCUGGGAGCUGAGGCUGCUGCCCAGCUAAAAGCCAGCUGUCUAUUGCUGGAUCUGCAGAUUCAGAGACAUUUUAAAAUGUGAAACCUCCUGGAGUUCCCGUCAUGGCUCAGUGGAAACAUCUGACUAGUAUCCAUGAGGACGCAGGUUCAAUCCCUGGCCUCGCUCAGUGGGUCAAGGAGCUGACAUUUUCAUGCACAUUGUACUGGCCUGGGGGCUUUAAAAUUACUGAGGCCUGGGCCUAAACCCCAGAAAUUCUGAUUUACUUGCUCCAAGGUGUGGUCUGGGCAGUGGGGACAGAAGCUGCCUGGGUGAUUCUGAUGGGCAAUCAAUGUGGAGAAGACGGCCUUCCUGCUUCCUGCGGCUCCAGAAGGAAUGAAAAGACACUGAGUGCCCCUGGCGUGCCUGGCAAUGUGCUGACGCUCUGCAUACAUUUUGCCAUUUCACCCUCACGUGGCACCUGCUCUGACAUCCAGGGUCAUGUCACCGCAGCAGCGAGGCCUGUGGGGGCAGAGCAGUUCGGGGUGCUCCCAGGGUCCCUCCAGCCGUGCCAGGCAAGCCGCGAAGGAGCCUGAGGCCAAAGGAAACAUCAGUAAUACU